AUGACCGCCAGUCAUUUGGAGCUGCUUCGAGAGGAACACCUACAGUUGCAGUUGAAAUUCCAAGAACUGCAGAAGCGAUACGAUAUUCUGGAAGCGUCGUGCACCAAAGAUUCCGAUUCCAAUAACACCAAAAAUGAUAAACUAUCUUUUGUCAACAAAUUGGUUUCGAGUGUCGCCAAAUUGUAUGAAAAAGACUUGUACAGUGAUAUAACAAUACAUUGUGAUGGUCAUCAGUUGAGAGGGCAUCGAUUUGUGAUAGCGGCCCGGACUGAUUAUUGGAACGAUCUGUCGAUGACUGAUCGAAUUGAACUCAAAGCAGAUAUCUCGUAUAGUGUUGGAUGUACGUUACUUAAAUGGAUAUACACGGAUCGUUUGGAUACGACACUCGGCGAUCAAAUCAUAAUGGAUAUUUUAUCAGCUGCUAUCGAAUAUCGUUUUUAUGAUCUUAAAGAAAGAUGUGUAAGAUUACUGACUGGUCGGUUGGAUGUGGGCAAUUGUGUUCGGAUUUACCAGUUUUGUGAGGAGAACGGCCUUGAGGAGUUGAGAGACAAAUGCGCGCAGUUGAUAUCGAUACGAUGGAGUGAGUUCGGUGCCGAGCACUUCACUAACUUGUCCGCACCACUUCUCUACAGGAUUCUCAGAAGUCGACGUUUGGGUCGUCGUCUUAAAAAUCAGAUGACAAUUAUGGAUGACAUUUGA